UGAAGUUUUGUCAUGCAAAAGUGUCAUCAUCCUCUGGUCGGCUAAAUGGGUUAUUGUUCAGUCUGUACCCGUCUGAGGUUUUGCAGGGUCUGUUGAUGUUUCAGCUCUUUGAUGGCAGAAGUGACAGUCAGUGUUUUCAGUUUCUUUGCCCAGUGGUCAGCUUAGCAAGAGCCACAGAACAGACAAACAUUAUUGUCUCAGUUGCAACAAGGAAUGUGAAUUGUGGCAUUUUUCAAAGCAUCCUGUCAGUGUGUCAGGGUACAUGCAUACAAUGAUUUAUGGAUUGGGGAUUUUAUCUGAUUGUAGACUCUAACUGGGCAAAUUAUGGGUUGUAAUGUGAUGUGGUUACUGUGCCAAUGAGAAAGGAUAAUUUAGGGGUUUAGUACGAGAUCAUUGUUUCCUCCACAAUCUCGUCCUUAUUGUCCAUCGUGACAAAAUGUCAUUCAGUUCCUUAAAAUGGAAAUGCAAAUGUCAAACAGAGAAAGAGGGAAAGAAAACUUAAAAAGGAAAAAAGAAAGACAAAGGAAAAGCUGUCAUUUUGAUCGCUUUGACACAUGAUGGAUGGCUGAGUGUUUAAAAAAAAGAAUAUCAAAGAAAAAUAUCAAGAAACACAGACACAGAGAGAGCCAGACUUAAAUGAAAGAAGUGAAGCUUGGUUUGAUUCACACAAUGACCAGGGCCAAUAGGAAAAACCCUCCCAGUCUUGAGGAGGGAAGGGGGUGGUGGGGAUUCAAACUAAGGCAGGCUUUACAGUGAGUCAAACACUCUCAAAGACAGACUACAGACAGUCUCCACAGCACUAAGAUAUGGGCUUACUGUGACUGAAAUCUGGAGCUAAUCUCUAAAACCUGAACAACAACAACAAAAAAAAAACUAAAGAAGUUAGACAGAGUGAGAACGCAAGAAAGAGAUACAAAUAGAACAGGAAGAUGGAAAACUGAUUGUGUCCAAGACUUCUUUAGCGGGGGGAAAAAAGAGGAGCAAGGACAAGCCUGAGGAUACUACAGAUUAUGUUGCCAUGGAAACCAGAACCUGGAAGCGGACGCAAGGACCACUGAAGGUGGACAACCUCCCCUGACUGCAUCCUUGACACGUUACUGUCCCGCUGUGCACUGUGGUGAGAGAAUGCUGUGGAAAAUAACUAUCCCAGUCAUACUGGCUGGGGUGCUCUGCAUCACUGCAGAGACCAAAAAGCCCAGACCCCAAGGAUCCAUCCCAUCCCCAUACAAGACCAAAGGGAACCUGUCCUCAGAACGUCACCACCGGCUAUUGCAGCAGAAACCAGAGGUGUUAUCCUCCAGCCGGGAGGCCUUGGUGGUAACAGAACGCCGCUACCUCCGCAGAGACUGGUGUAAGACCCAGCCCCUCCGUCAGACAAUCAGCGAGGAGGGCUGCCGCAGCCGCACUGUGGUCAACCGCUUUUGCUAUGGCCAGUGCAACUCCUUCUACAUCCCCCGCCAUAUGGGUCCAAGCUCGGGUCAGGGCCAGAGCCGAGGCCAAGCUUCAGGCUCUGGAAGAAAAAGCCACAACAAGGCCCAGGAACCAUUUCAGUCCUGCUCCUUCUGCAGGCCGCACCGUAUCACACAGCUCACAGUGCAGCUGGACUGCCCAGACCUGCAGCCCCCUUUCAGACACCGUAAGGUCCAGAGGGUCAAACAGUGUCGCUGCAUGUCUGUGGAUGUGAGUGGCCAUGGGAAACUGUGAGGAAGGACUUGAAAGGCCUUUUAAAACUGAAAUGAAAUCCCAAGUAUUGUCAAAAACAGAAAUUCACAAACCUUGCCAAACAAGGACUGGCCUCAAGUUGAACCACAGGAAAAUGACAUGAAACAUGGAACUGGUAUUAUUAAAAACAAAGGUUCAACACUGAUUUAAUCAGACUUGCAGCCAUGUUGGCAAGCUGAUGCUGUUGAAAGAAACUGGUUCAAGUUGCUGUGCAAGAGACACUAAUGAUGAAGCAGCCAGUUUUCAACAGUGAACAAGUUUUUCCUAUUUGUACAUUUGUCCCUAGAAAGGAAUUAUGAAAGUGCGUCUGAGUUUUAAAACCACAGAACCUUAUGGAUUUCUUCUGGGAGAGAUCGUGUUUUUACCUGUAGGAGCUGUUGACUUUAAUUGACUGUAUUUUAAAAGUAUUGUAUCCGUUAUCCUGUUUCUCUUCCUUAAACUCUUUGGUGUUCCAACGACACACAAUUGGAUGUCAAGGAAAAGAUUCAGAGAAACAUAAAGCGAAACAAGGACUAGUGGCAUCCAGCUGCUUGAACACAAGACUGGCUAUACAGAUUUGCCACAAGUAUACUAGCCAGUAGGAAAAACAUACUGCAGCAUGUGUA